AUGGUACACUUUUACUCGUGGCGAAAAGAUCAACCACUUCACAAGACACCGAUUCAAGAGCGUUCCGGACCGAUCGCAGCUUCGUCCGACGCCAACUACGUAGCGAUGGGAUCACACGGUGGUUCCGUCUAUAUCUGGGAGGCUUCAACCGGUGCACUCCUCCGUGUAUUCGAAGCACACUACAGUAAGAUCACUGCUGUGACAUUCACCAAAGACGAUUCAUUCCUUCUUACCGGUGGUGACGAUGGUGUCAUCAAUUGUUGGUCAUUAGAAAGUAUUUUAGAUAGAGAACAAACUGUUUUAAGAGUAAAACAAUCAUUUUCAGAUCAUGCUCUUGGUAUCACUGCUAUACAUUGUGGAUAUGGUGGAUUCAAUUCUAGAUUCUACUCGGUUUCACUCGAUAGAACCUGUAGAGUAUGGGAUCUGGUACAAGGAAAAUCGAUUGCUUCAAUCGUUUACCCGACUUACUUGACAACUGUGACUGUAGAUGCUGCAGAGACUUCUGUUUAUGUCGGUGGAGGUGAUGGUAUUAUCUAUCAAACCGAUCUUGUUAAUUUGAAUCAAAGUGUAUCGCCACUUGAAAGCGGUGGUAACGGUAACAACCAACAAUCGUUUGUAUCACAAACAUCAAGCGAGAUGUCAUCGCAAAUGAAAAAGAUAUUCAUUGGACAUACCAAGCCGUUGACUACUUUGGCGUUGUCUAUGGAUGGUUCGCUACUUGUGAGUGGUGCCACCGAUGGAUCCGUCAACAUCUGGGAUACUUACAGUCGUCAGAUCGUUAGAUCACUCACCAAUAUCAAAGGAUCGAUCUCCUCUAUCAUCGUUACGAUGAAACCGAUCGAUCUGCUCAAUAUCAACAUGUCUGGUGACAACCGUAAGAACUACGACCCACUACAUCCAUUCGAGAAGUUCAUCAGUCCGGUCGACGCCAAACAACCACUGCAAGCCAAGUUGAAAAGCAUCCAACAACCAAACAGCUACUCCACUCAACAACUUCAACAAUCAUACAACCCAUUCCAAUCUCAUUUGAAUCUAUCAUUAAAUCAACAAUCGUCGUCAUCAUCAUCAUCAUCAUCAAAAGUUGUUAAUAAUAAUGUAAAUAGUAAUAAUAAUAGUAGUAAUAAUAGCAAUGAAGAGAUAAGCAAGUUGAAAUCAGAGAUUGAAGAAUUGAAAAAAGUUAAUAAGAAUCUUUUAGAUAGAAUCGUUACACAGACUGUAAAGGAAGGUGAUGUAAUGCCAUCGGUAUCCACUGUAAAGCAACAGUUGAACAAGAUGAAGGAAGUCACUGAGAAAGCAAACAAGAACAUGACAAAGGCAACCGCUAAAGCCGCUGCUAAAGUAUCGAAAGUAAUUGCACCGAUUGUUGAUACACCAACAAAAGUUAAAGCAGCACCAGCAACCAGUGUUACUACCACCACCACAGAACAACCAACUUCAACAAACAACAACAAAUCUAAAAAGAGAAAUCAACAAAAGAAAGAACAACCACAACAAACUUCUACUACGACUACUUCAACCACAACUACAACUGCUACCAAUCCAAAGCCAGCUGCUUCUAAGCUAAAGGAAUCAAAGAAUAAUACAGCAACUACAACAACAACAACACAAACAACUCCAAAAGUACCAAAAAAGAGCAAUCCAAUUAAAGAUACAGUUAUUUCAAGCAAUACAACAUCAACACCUGUUGUAGCCAACAAUAGUAGUACUACUAAUAACAAAGGUUAUACAAAGACAACCAAGCUAAAAUCAUUAAGAUAA